UCCGCUACCCGCGCCACAGUUAGGCGCCAUCAUUAGUCCCUAUUUAGGUUUAGUCUCUGACCAGAUGGUGUGGGCACGUGCCAUCCUCCCGGUCCGCGCGGUGUGCCAGACUGCCAGUCACGGUUUGGCGGACCCCAAAAGCGGGCUUUGCAAACCCACCCCUCAAAAAUCAACAACAAACCCGCCUUUUGGCUUCUUCAGACUGCGAUCUUCCCCCCCUGCCAAUCCACCCAAUCUGCCCCGAAAAGGCUUGCAUGAUCUCGUAGAUGUCACAACAUGAAUGAUGCGGAUGGGUUAUGCGUGUUUUCGA